UACUGAGCAUUUUUAUUUUCAUGUGGAGAAUCAAUGCGAAACGAGCUGAAACAGUUUUUGUUGUGCUAUUUUGUGUUUGUAUAAAUUUUUACAGGAAAAAUAAAUAAAUUAAAGAUUAACGUGAAAAGAAUAAAUAUAAAACAAGCUCAAAAGUACAUAAUUGAUGAAUAAAAAGUAUUUUUGACAACAAAAGCUUUGUGAUUAUAUUUCCCGGUCUAGAAUUGUAAACGGCAAAAAACACAAGUCAGAUAGCGGCUGUACAUAUUAAAAUCGAAAACAUUUUGUUUGGAUAACGUUUAUUUCGUAUUGUACGACUAAUUUGGAUAUUUAUAAUAGUGAAUCACGCAGUAACAAUAACAGUGACUGAGGAAAAAACUAAAUAAAUCAUCGUAAUUGUUUCGUUGGUCAUCCCAUACAUUUGCUGAUGAUCUAGUAAGGGAAACGGAACAUUUGGAAGUCGCGUUUUGUGUAAACAGCGCAUUUUGCGCCAACACAGAUUUCUGGAGUGCUAUUCGGGCUAUAAGUCCAAAUUGCAAACGUAUAUACAUAUACAUCACAACAGUCAGUUGCGUACGCAAAUUUUGGUUUACAUUUUGCAAAUAAAAAAGAAGAUUAGAAAGGAACAAAAUAUAAAGAGCUGGUGAAAAGGAGCACAAGUCAACAACGACGGCACGUCCUUGCCCACAAGCAUUGUACUAGCUGUACUCGCACUCACAUACACACAUACAAAACACUCCAUUAAAAUGGGUCAAACCCUUUCCGAACCAGUCACAGCCAAAGAGUCUGCGUAUUGUCAAAAUGAAUUGUAUCGCGUCGGUUCCAGCUGCAUGCAAGGCUGGCGCAUCAACAUGGAGGACUCGCACACACAUAUACUUUCCCUACCCGACGAUCCCGGCACAUCGUUCUUUGCCGUCUACGAUGGUCAUGGCGGUGCGACAGUGGCACAGUAUGCUGGCAAACAUCUUCACAAAUUCAUACUAAAGCGACCCGAGUACAAAGAAAAUGUCGAGAAGGCUUUGAAACAGGCAUUUCUGGACAUCGACUAUGAGAUGCUGUACAAUGAGUCAUGGGGCGAACAAAUGGCCGGCUCGACAGCUGUUGUUGUACUUAUUAAAAAUAACCGUUUGUAUUGUGCCAAUGCUGGUGAUUCGCGUGCGAUCGCCUGCAUCAAUGGAGAGGUAGAGACUCUGUCGUUGGACCAUAAGCCAAAUAAUGAGGCUGAAACCAAACGCAUACACGAGGGUGGCGGCUACGUGGAGUUUAAUCGUGUCAAUGGCAAUUUGGCAUUAUCACGGGCACUCGGUGAUUUCAUAUUCAAGCGCAAUGCCAACAAGAAGCCUGAGGAACAAAUCGUGACUGCAUAUCCCGAUGUGGAGACACGUGAAAUAACAGCCGAUUGGGAAUUCAUUGUGCUGGCAUGCGAUGGCAUAUGGGAUGUAAUGAGCAACAAAGAAGUCGUCGACUUUUGUCGGAAGCGUAUCGGCAUGGGUAUGUAUCCGGAAGAGAUUUGCGAAGAGCUGAUGAAUCAUUGUCUCGCACCCGAUUGCCAAAUGGGCGGCCUGGGUGGCGACAAUAUGACUGUUGUGCUUGUCUGUUUUCUACACAAUAAACCGUACGAAGAACUGAUAGCGCGCUGCGCUAAAAAUAACAAUAUCAACGGCAGCAGCGACAACAUAACCACAACAUCGUCUAUGGAUGUGGAUCAUCUCGAUUUAAAAUAACAAAACUUCACCAUUUUUUCCAUAUUCAAUGCUAGUAGAGCAACAGCAGCAGCAAAAACAGUAGCGGCAACAACAGCAAUAACAGGCAAUUCGACAGUCGACAAUGCAAUAACCACUACUACUACCACGUCUCUGAUUACUACACGCAAUAAGAAUGCUACCGUUAGAGCUAAGAAAAUUUCCAAUCAACUAAGAAUUGCGAGAAGCAUCAUUAAGAGCACCAAUUAUAUUUUUCGUAAAAUCUAUAGGUUGCGUUACUUAACAAUUGUGUUCCUUGUGUUUAUGACCUAUGCAUAUAUAUAUUUUCAUAUUUAAAAAUUUUUUUUAGCUACCAGCGACGCAUCGUAUAACAGUUACAGCUGUUGUCGCAUAGUUAAAUUUCAAUGACUCUUGUUGACUGCAAAUAUUAUAAAACAUAUAAAAUUAUAUAACUACAACCUACUCUACAAAUGCUUUUACGGUACAGACAUAUAUACACGUACAUAUAGUAUAUUAGUUAAACACAAAUUAGUUAAUGCAAUAUUCACGGAUGAGAUAGUAUUGGAUGUUUUUAUUUGUUUUUUCUAUUUCCUCUGUUUGGCAAGUGUUUAGAAAAUUUAUGAGAAAAAAUUGUAAAAAUUACUUUUCUAUUAAUAAUAUUAUAUUUUAUUGUAUUGUAAAACCCUAAAACUAAAUUUAAAGCGUAGUUAAAACUUUUGUGCAUAAGAAUUAGUCAACAUAAUUAACGAUGUAAUCAUCAAACAUACAUAAAUACACUUAUAUGCUGGCAUACUGGCGAUAGUUACCUAA